AUGUCCAGUUCCACAGGUCAAGUCGAAGAAGUAGAGCUUGUCAAGAUUUUUGGAAGGUUGGCAGAAAAGAUGAUUUUUGGGGAUGGAAGUGCAGGAGCAUGCUGCCAUAGUGGAUGUGAUGACUGUGAGUGGCGAUAUUCUUUUGACAUCAUGCAAGCGGCGAGGCCCAAGUGGAUUCCAUGUUACAGCGAGAACAGAUUCGAAGACGGAAGAGAGCAUAUUGCCAAGUGGUCCAAGCUCUUCAAUGACGAGAACACGAUCACCAGAGACACUUUGUACGAAAGACUCAGAGAGAUGAAGUUUGAAAUGCCCUUGGGUCCAUCCGGUUACAUGACAGCAAGUCAAGCUGAGCUGAAGGAUGAAGCUUUAGAUUUGUUUUGGGCUAAAAUCUCUGCGAACAAGGACAAAGUCACGCCCAAACAGAUGAGCAUUCGUCUCAGGAAGAUGGCGACCCCAGGCGAAGAAGGUGUUAUGUGGAGCGACUUCGUGGCCUCAAUCCUUCACGAGGCAGAUGCAGAGGUUGAAGAAGAUCUGGAUGCCAUCGUGGUGUAA